UCGCGCGACAAUCGACACAGCGGCCAUCCAUCUCGUUGAAAAUUCUCAUCGUUGCUAUAGCGUAGAUAGGAAGAAGCUGCAAAGGUGGUGCUACACCACCAAUGUUAUGACCCCAUCUCAAGAUAUUAAGGAUUCCUUCGAAGAGAGUUUGAAACUACCUUGCAGCAAUUCUCAAGAAACUAAUACUCAUAAACAGCUAGACGCUGCCCCCGAGAGCCAUCAGACGACCAAGAGGUCGAGCAAUGUAGUUUCCACUCCAUUUACUGAAGGGCAGUCUCUCAAUAACUUUAGUGGAUUUUUUACCGCCGGUUCAAAAAGCGAGAUCAGAGUUAGUGAAGACGCACUCAACGCUGCAAGAGCACGCCUAAACUCCUCCCCUGAAAGGAAUUUGCUGGAGAACGGAACUGCGGCAGUCUCUCCCGCAUUUUUCCCAGGCUUUGUAACUGCAGGAUCCAACAAAGUCAUCACGGUCACACCAGCUGCUUUAGAAGCAGCGCAACGUUGUUUGAACGAAAUCUCGGACCCAGAAGUUCAACUCACUGGACGUGUCCCAAACGAGGAAAAUCUAGACCCAUCGCGGAAUUCAGCUACGCGUGCAAACGGUGUCAAAAGAGCGGCAAACCAGCCUUUUACAGUCAAGAGGCCGAAAAGAAAUCAGUUCAGCUCUCCAUUCCGAGCGCCAGACAUGGUGAAAUCGCCUCUUCCUGCAGGCGUUUCAACUGUGGCCGCAACCAGUGGAGUCUCUGCAGUCUCCACGUCUUCUCGCAUCACAUGUAUUCGCGAACUGCGAAGUUGCAAGUCCAUCUCUGUGGACUUUUUGGGCAUAGUAGUGGAUGGCAACGCGUAUUCGUCACACAAUGGUGGUGUUCCUCGAAUUAAAGUGGCAGAUCGCUAUGGAGAAUGUGUAUCUGUUGAAGUGCACUCAAGCUCUAUCCCUUCCAACAUGUCAAGGGGCUCUGUCAUUUCCAUAGAAGGCGCCUUGCUUAGGCACCAACAAGACGUUAUUUCACUUACGUUGACGGAUACAGCAUUCGUAGACUUGGAACCAAGUGACCCGGAAGCGGACUGCCUUCAUCGGUUAUUCAGCACAGGCUUAUUCGAUAAUCUUGCUGAAGAGACAUUUUGUUUUCCUAACACAUCACUGCGAUUGAUUGGACGUCUGAAAGAGUAUCCUGGAGAGGUUUCUUCUGUCAUGGCUCGAAUAACCGACAUAAAUAUUGAUGAUGCCAUUUACUUGGGGUGUACUUCUUGUGCGCAAAAAGUUACUCCUCAACUCAAGGGUGUUGUUUCAUGUCAGCAUUGUGGCAAUAACAGAGCACGAUAUUUAUAUAAUCUGGAUGUGGAGCUUGCUGAUUUUAGCGGUGUUACUAAUGUGAUAUUGUCCGAUGAUGCCGCCAAAAAGUUGAUUGGGAGGCCUGCUGCGGCACUGCUGAAAAUUGGAAAGGAAGAACUCCAAAAAAAAUUGAAUGAUCUUUGCUUCCGGCCUAUGCUCUUUCGCGUCAUACUGAGCAACUCAAAAUGGAUGGUUGACGAUUGUACGCAACUGGAUAUUGCGAAGUUUAAACCCUAUCUGAAAGAUAUAGCCGAACAAAAGGGAUUCAAAGGAGCAGAAUAUUAAGAUUGUUGUAUAUAUAAAGGCUGUUUACUUGGUGUGACAAACAAUCAACUUCCACGCCGCAAUAGCGUGUGGUCCGCAGAAAGCCGUUAAAUCACUGCCUCAUUUGAUUCCGCAGGUUUCUUAUAAAAAGCCUGGUGGUUCUGUUUCAUUUGAUACAUGUAUCAUAAUUAUAUGAGUGUCUGUCUCUGCAUCGUUUAUCCUGUGCAUAUCUGGAUUAGAUGAAAACUUUUCCUAUCUGCCUGUAUUAUCUGCACGGUUUGAAAGUCCCGUAUUU